AUGAUUGUAUAUUCCUUACUAACUUUAAUUCUCUACGAUUCUCUAUUAUUCAUUCCGAAAGUUGACUCAUUUGGAACUGUAUGCAUUGGACUGUGUCAUUGUGUGGGCGAUGUCGUCGAUUGCUCAUCACUAGAUCUUCCGGAUAUUCCAACGUCGAUUCCGAAUAACACAAGGGUUUUAUUAUUAUCUGAUAAUGAGAUUGAAACUAUUGACAAGACAAAGUUAAAGGGAUUUUAUUUUCUACAGACCCUAAAUCUACGAAAAAACCGUCUACCCCGGAUACCAGGAGGAAGUCAUGAGUUGGAGCACUUGGAAAAAUUGGAUUUACGAUCCAACCUAAUCUCCACCUUGUCAUCCGAAGAGCUGAGCAAUCUAGCCGCUAUUCGAUCAGUGGAUCUAUCCAGGAAUCUUAUUUCAUUCUUGCCAAAACCAAUUACCUCAUCGAAAGUGAAUAUUGAAAAAUUAGAUCUCGCCUCGAAUUCCAUAACCGAUCUAGGAUCUGACCAGUUUUCUACAUUCACCACAUUAGUUUCUCUGAAAUUGGCUAGAAAUCAUAUUACCUCAUUGAGGCAGUUUUCGUUUUCAAGAUUGAGACAUUUGGAGACGAUAGACCUAACGAGAAAUAUGAUUCGUGAAGUUCGAUUCCUCGCAUUCAACCAAUUACCAUCUCUCCGAAAUGUCAGUUUGACCAAAAAUGACGUAUAUCGUCUAGAUGAUGGGAUGUUUUAUGCUUGUGAAGGCCUGACUCGACUAAAUUUGUCCACUAAUCGAGUACAAUCAGUGACAGAGGGAUGGAUGUUCGGGUUGACAAGUUUGGAAGUUUUAGACCUAUCCUAUAACCAAAUCCAAUCAUUUCAUACUAGCUCCUGGAGUCAUACACCAAAACUCAAAUGGUUAUCCUUACAUUCUAAUAGGAUCCAGUCACUUCCAUCAGGAUCAUUCCGAGCUUUGAGGCAACUGGAAGAGUUGAUUUUAUCGGCAAAUUUGAUUGAUAGCCUACACAAGUUUGCGUUGAUUGGAAUGGAUAAUUUACAUAAACUGGACCUCUCCUCCAACACUCUAGCUGUCUGUGUGGAAGAUGGUGCUGUCCUAUACAACACAUCUAUGCCAUUCCUCCGAUCUCUUCGAUUUACCAAUAAUCAGCUCCGUGUGAUCCCCAAAAGAGCAUUUGAACGAUUCCCGGCGCUGGAGGAGUUGGAUUUGACGGACAAUCCAAUAGCGACCAUCCAUCCGGAAGCCUUUGAGCCGUUGGAGUUGAAGAAGCUAACCAUGAACUCUUCAUCGAUCCUCUGUGACUGUCAAAUCUCUUGGCUCGCCUCUUGGAUAUACAAACUGAAGCUAGAUCGGUCCUCGAUCAUUGCAAAAUGUUCCUAUCCAGCGCCACUGGCAGAUUUGGAUGUGAUAGCUAUUGAUACAGCGAACCUAACAUGUCACGAUGAUUCUCCAAGAGCCAAGAUCGUACGGCAACCUGUGGAAGUGAAGGCGUUGAUUGGAGAGCAGGCGAGAUUCAUGUGCAAUGUUUAUGGGGCAAGUCCGUUGAGUAUCGAAUGGAGGGUCAUGGAAAAUGGGCAGCCCAGAGUCUUGGUGCAAGAUUCGGCAACCUUUUUGAGUGUGAAUACAACGGCAGUUGUAAACGGAACACUGGAUGGUAGAGAAUUGGCUGCUGCAGAAUUGAUCCUUGACAAUGUCGCAAUGACGGACAACUCAGAGUACCAGUGUGUGGCUCGGAAUCGAUUCGGAUCUGAUUUUUCGAGUCACGUCAAGCUAUUAGUCUACCAAGCUCCCAAAUUCACAUAUAUCCCUUCUGACAUGUCCAUCCUAGUCGGACAAAACGCCAAAUUCCUAUGUGCUGGCACUGGAACACCCCGCCCUGAAGUCAAGUGGGCAUUUGAGAGGAUCCCAUUCCCAGCGGCAGAAGCUAGAAGAUUGUAUGUGACACAGAAUGAUGAUCAUAUCUAUGUGAUGAAUGUGACAAUGGAGGAUCAAGGGGUGUACACGUGUCAUGCGACAAAUAUAGCAGGACAAGUGCAAGCAAGUGCCAAGUUGGGGGUUUUUGGUGAGUUAGUUGAUUUUGGGAUUGGUGCUGAAACAUUUGAAAGAUUGAUUUUCAACAACAAAUUCCACUACCCUGAUGACCCUGACCCAAAGACUAUCAAAAAGGGAGGAUCCUUGAAGAUUGAUUGCUCAGUUGAUCUUCAACCAGACAUCCAGAGAAUCGUAUGGAAACGAGACCAACAAGUGAUAUUAUUCCAAAAGAAAGUGAAAUUUUCGAAAAAGGAUCAAAUUCUGACAAUAACUCAGACGACGUUCUCUGAUGCUGGAGAAUACUCGUGUGAAUUAUGGGCUGAUGAUUCGAUGCUGAUAAGGAAAGUGACCAAUGUGAGAGUGAUGGGUGAGAAUGAAUUUUCAAAAUACGACUCCACUGAAGGCUCUCUCUCCCAGCGUGCCCAAGGAAUCCGUGCCAUGGCUGCGAAAUGGGCUGAAAACAUCAAAUCCACUGAAAACGGGUUCUAUCUAAUGGCAUCAUUCAGUGCUUUUGUGCUAAUGAUCCUCGGCGUGUUCACUUCCAUUUGUGUCUGCCUAAUAAAAUACAUGUGCCAUCGAGACCCAACACUUAAAAUACAACCGGUUCAAGUAUAA